UCAUCUCCUUCUCCUUGGGAACCAGGUGCACCUCCGGCCCCGAGACAUGUCCUGCUGCAGCCCAUGCCAGCCCUGCGUGCCCUGCUGCCAGCCCUGCGGCCCGACCCCGCUGGCCAACAGCUGCAAUGAGCCCUGUGUCAGGCAGUGCCAGAGCUCCACCGUUGUCAUCCAGCCCUCCCCCGUGGUGGUGACCCUGCCCGGCCCCAUCCUCAGCUCCUUCCCACAGAACACCGUUGUGGGCUCCUCCACCUCCGCCGCCGUUGGCAGCAUCCUCAGCUGUGAGGGAGUCCCCAUCAACUCGGGGGGCUUUGACCUCUCCUGCAUCACCAGCCGCUACUGUGGCAGAAGGUGCCCCCCCUGCUAAAGCUGCUGGCAGCGUCCUUGGGCACGACCCUCUGAGACUUCAGAAUAUGGUGCUGGACAGAAGAUAGAGCUUUGGACCUGGCUUCUCCUGUGGAGGGUGGCAGGGAGUGGCCAGCCUGCGCUGGCUAGAAGCGUGCUCUAUGUUUAUUUUUCUUCUUGCACUCUCUCUCUCUCUCUUUCUUUUGCUGUAACUAUCUCCUAACACCAGCCUACCGGGAACCUGUUGGCCUCCCUCCCUCUGCAAGGCAGGCAGACGGACACCCUGCCAGAGCUUCACUGCAUUGUAGUGCCUGGCCCUGUUGCCCCCUGGGAGCCACCUCCUUUUCUUCUUCAGACUCAUUAAAGUUGUGCUGCAUCCAA